CCAAAAAUCUCUAACAAUGGCGCUUAACAUUCUAACAUUCACCGCUGCAGCAGUUCCAUUUCCCUCCAAAAUAUUUAAUCAUUCAAUCCAACCCAAAAUCCCUCUCCAGCUUCACUUCUCAAUACCCAUCUCAACGAGGCACUUGUCAGUUCCUCAGAGUUCAACACAGCCUCAGAAAUAUGUCUAUCCUGACCCAAUCCCUGAAUUUGCUGUUGCUGAGACACAGAAGUUCAAGACUGAGCUAUUGAAGAAGCUGUCAAAAGAAAAGGAGACAUUUGGGGACGAGCUUGAUGAUGUUGUUAGUGUUUGUGCUGAGAUUUUUAAUGAAUUCUUGCACAAAGAAUAUGGAGGACCCGGGACACUACUGGUGGAGCCUUUUACUGAUAUGAUGGUAGCUCUCAAAGAGAGGAAACUUCCAGGAGCGGCAUUGUCUGCGCGAGCAUCAUUAUUGUGGGCUCAAAAUUAUGUUGAUCAGGAUUGGGAGACUUGGACCUCAAAACAACUAAGACAAUGAAAACCGUCAUUUUUUCUUGCAUACAUGGGUCGAUAAU